UCCAAAUUUGUCAUCACCAUCCUUCUUGCCCAUCCCCACAGACGCUUUUAUAGCCACAAGGUGCUUAACUUCACCCUCUCUCUCUCUCUCUCUCCAUCUCUUUCUCUCUCUAAACACAACACCAACAUCACCUCUACAGCAAACCCAUUUGCAGUAGUAGCUCAUACAGCCCAAUGAGUCAAUGACUGAUCAACUGAUACAAAAUCACCAAUUCUGAGAGGUAAGGUUUUUCAAUUUUUUGAAUUUUGGGUCUCGUAUGCAUAGUUAAAUGCAAAACAGUGUUCUAAUUUGGAUUCCCAGAAUUUCCGAGUUUGUUCGAUACUCGAGAAUUCCGCCUUUCAGAAUUUGUUUGCCACGCUUUGUCUAACUCUAACUGUUUGAGUUUCAUGGUUCAUACGAAAUUGUAGAGAAGAAUUUGAUCUUAUUUGUUGUAUUACUACAUUAUACUAUAGGGGUUGUGUUUACUGUUUUCUGAAGUCCAUGUUUGUAUUGAAAAGUAUAUAAAUUGAACCAUGGCUUCGCUGGCUUCCUUGGUGAGUCUGGGAAGCGCGAGUACGAGUUCGUCUGGGCAUUUUGAAGGAACCCUUUCCCCUGCUCGGAUAGUUUCUCUCACUAGAAAUGUUUGUGGUUCGCGCAAAAUUUGGGGUGGAGAGAGAUGGAGGAGAGUGGGGGUGUGUGUAUAUUCUGUAAAAACUGAAUACAUUGCUGAGCAAGGGACUUCGAGUUCCCUUGAUUCAACGUAUAGGGGAAGCAAAGACAAUGAUGCUGACCUUGUUAUUAGGGCGGCACCAAAGCCUGUACUAAAAUCAGGACCAAAUAUCAACUCGACGAAUCCAGUGACUUGGGAUAAAUCAGAUCUUAGUGGUGAUUCUGCUGAUGGCAAGUUGAAUGGUAAUGAGGAAGAAAGGAAUAAAGUGAUUGAGUCGUUGGGAGAGGUAUUGGAGAAGGCAGAGAAAUUAGAAACUGGUAAAAAAGUGAGUGUAUCAGUUAAUAAACCACCACCCAAUACAAGUACUGAACAGAGCAAUGGUAAUCCAGUCAAUUCGAUGGCUGUUAAAAAGAAUAAGACUUUCAAGAGUGUGUGGAAGAAAGGGAACCCAGUGGCUAGUGUACAGAAAGUUGUUCAGGAAUCACCUAAGAUUGAGAAGGUUGAUAAAAAGGAACAGAAGAUAGAGGGAUCAGCCAAGGUUGUGUCGGAGUCUGUUGCUAGUCUAAGACCCCCUCAGCCACCUAUGAGGGUUCAACCGAAAUUACAAGCAAAACCCUCUGUAGCUCCUCCACCUCCUGUGGUCAAGAAACCAGUUAUCUUGAAGGAUGUGGGGGCGGGGCCAAAGACUCCAGCUACUGUUGAAACAAACUCAGCUGCAAAAACUAAGGAACGGAAGCCCAUAUUGGUCGAUAAAUUUGCGUCUAAGAAGCCUGUGGUUGAUCCUCUGAUUGCUCAAGCAGUAUUAGCACCUCCUAGACCUGGAAAGGGCCCCAUGCCCGGGAAGUUCAAAGAUGUUCGUAGGAAAAGCGGUCCAUCCGGGGGACGGAGGCGUAUGUUUAAUGAUGUGGAACAUGAUGAGGAAGCUUCAGAACUUAAUGUUUCUAUUCCAGGUGCCGCUACAGCAAGGAAAGGAAGGAAAUGGAGCAAGGCAAGUCGUAAAGCAGCUAGACUUCAGGCAGCUAAAGAGGCUGCUCCAGUUAAAGUAGACAUUUUGGAGGUUGGUGAAGAAGGUAUGUCGACAGAGGAGUUGGCCGACAAUUUAGCGAUCAGUGAAGGUGAAAUUCUUGGGUAUCUCUAUGCGAAGGGUAUUAAGCCUGAUGGCGUGCAAGCAAUCAACAAAGACAUGGUGAAGAUGAUUUGCAGAGAGUAUGAUGUGGAAGUCAUAGAUGCUGCCCAUGUUAGAGUGGAGGAAAUGGCUAGAAAGAAGGAAAUUCUUGAUGAAGACGACCUGGAAAGCUUAGAAGAUAGGCCUCCCGUCCUCACUAUAAUGGGCCAUGUAGAUCAUGGAAAGACAACGCUUUUGGAUUAUAUUCGGAAAAGCAAGGUAGCUGCAUCUGAAGCAGGUGGUAUUACACAAGGUAUUGGAGCAUACAAGGUGCUAGUACCUAUUGAUGGCAAGUCGCGUCCAUGUGUUUUUCUUGAUACUCCUGGACACGAGGCAUUUGGGGCAAUGAGAGCUCGUGGAACAAGGGUAACAGACAUUGCUAUCAUUGUUGUGGCGGCUGACGAUGGGAUUCGUCCUCAAACAAAUGAGGCCAUAGCUCAUGCCAAAGCAGCUGGGGUACCAAUUGUGAUUGCCAUUAGUAAGAUAGAUAAAGAGGGAGCUAGUCCAGAGCGAGUCAUGCAAGAGCUAUCUUCAAUCGGUCUAAUGCCGGAAGAUUGGGGUGGUGACAUCCCAAUGGUUCAGAUCAGUGCUCUUAAAGGGGAUAAUGUAGAUGAGUUGUUGGAAACUGUCAUGCUUGUUGCAGAGUUGCAAGAGUUGAGGGCUAAUCCUCAUAGAAGUGCGAAGGGCACAGUCAUUGAGGCAGGUCUGCAUAAAUCCAAAGGACCGGUAGCUACAUUCAUUGUGCAGAAUGGCACUCUCAAAAGAGGGGAUAUAGUAGUCUGUGGUGAAGCCUUUGGAAAGGUUCGGGCUUUAUUUGAUGAUGGCGGAAAUCGUGUGGAUGAAGCAGGACCCUCUAUACCCGUACAGGUCAUUGGAUUGAAUAAUGUUCCAAUUGCUGGUGAUGAAUUUGAGGUUGUUGGUUCCCUCGAUGUUGCACGCGAGAAGGCAGAGUUACGUGCAGAGUCAUUAAGAAAUGAACGUAUAUCUGCCAAGGCUGGAGACGGGAAGGUUACACUUUCUUCCUUAGCUUCUGCAGUUUCAGCAGGAAAGCAGUCUGGAUUAGACUUGCACCAGCUGAAUAUCAUUAUGAAGGUUGACCUUCAGGGAUCCAUUGAGGCUGUCAGACAAGCCCUACAGGUGCUUCCUCAAGAUAAUGUCACUCUGAAGUUCCUCUUGCAAGCAACUGGAGAUAUCAGCACCAGUGAUGUUGACCUUGCAGUUGCCAGUAAAGCCGUUAUUCUGGGAUUUAACAUCAAGGCACCCGGGUCUGUUAAAAGCUAUGCAGACAAUAAAGGUGUUGAGAUUCGACUGUACAGAGUUAUCUAUGAACUUAUUGAUGAUGUGCGAAAUGCAAUGGAGGGACUCCUGGAGCCUGUUGAGGAACAAUUAAAAAUUGGCACAGCAGAAGUUAGAGCCGUAUUUAGUAGUGGCAGUGGUCGCGUUGCAGGAUGCAUGGUAACAGAGGGGAAAAUAGUGAAAGACUGUGGCAUUCGGGUCUUGAGAAAUGGCAAGACAGUAUAUGUUGGUGUUCUUGAUUCAUUGAGACGGGUUAAGGAGAUGGUGAAAGAGGUAAACGCUGGACUCGAAUGUGGAAUUGGGAUGGAGGAUUUUAGUGAUUGGGAGGAGGGUGAUAUUCUUGAGGCUUUCAAUACAGUGCAAAAGAAGCGGACGCUUGAAGAGGCAUCAGCCAGCAUGGCAGCUGCAGUUGAAGGAGUGGGAAUGUAAGUAUAAAUGAGGCACUAGCGCACGAGUUUUAGUUGGCUUCCGUGCUUCUGAUUUAGUCAAGAGGUAUUCUACCUCACACACAGGUUCAAUGCAUUCAAGGGAUUUGGCAGAACUCAGCCGAUGUGAUGCUAAUGAGAUCCCAUCAAUUGCCGUGUCCCUAAUACUUUGUUCAGAAGAUAUGAGCUUGCAGAGAUUUGGUCCAUUGUUGUAUGCUAUUACACUGUAAAUAGUAUAAUAUAUCAGUAAUUGAGCUCCUUUUUGUAAAGAGGGACAGAUUGACCAUUUCUUCGAAUUGCUCAAGUUUCAAUGAUGUAAACACUUUUGCUGACUGCGAGGAGGAGAAUUUGAUUUUUUUUUUCUUUUUCUUUUUUAGGAUGCUCUAAAUUGGAGGCAUCAUCUCUUACCCCUGAACAACUGUUCUCCUUGUGUAUUUAUAUCAGUUAUAAACAGCGAUUGCCACGGCUGCUUAUAUUUCAAACUGAACACUGAAAUUUACAGAAGUUCCAUUUUUUUUUUAUCC